AAAUUAAUGUUAAUAUCUACUGACACUUGGGCACUAUAUCCAUAAUAUUAAUACUAAUGGUUUGCAGCUAACAACCCACCAAAUAAUAUUAUCUCGGUCCAGAAGGCAUAGUAACAGGUAGACAAAACUAUAUGAAAAUGGACAAAUUCAAAAGUUGAAUUGAAAGUCAUGAGAACGACUCCUCCAUUAUAAUAAUAUAGGCAUUUACUUACCCCUUGGACUUGGGGAGUCUUGAAGUUUUUAAUUUCACACGCUGCUGCCUUUUCCCCUUCUUUACACGCCAUGCCUCCGCCGUCCCGUCAUCUGGAGAAAACCAUAUGUUUCCCCCAUAAUCCAAAAGCAAUCUGCUCCACCAACACGAAGUUGCAAGUUGCUUCUCUUUCACCUUUAUCAUAAAUGGGUACAACAGUUUUGUUCUUUCUUCACUCGCUUUGCUGCUGCUGCUUCUUUUUUUAUGCUCAAGUCUCCAUCUCUAUUGAAGCAAAAUGCCACCCUGCUGAUUUGAAAGCCUUGAAAAGCUUUGUCAAUGGCCUUCACUCUCCAGUUCAAGGUUGGGAUAUUAGCUCUUCUUCUGAUUGUUGCAGUUGGAAAGGAGUGACCUGCAAUCCACCAGCUUUGAAGUUCAAUAAUUCUAAUGUCUUUUCCAGAGUUGUGGCUUUGGAACUUCCAGGGGAGAGAUUAAGAGGAAAUGUUUCAGAGUCAUUGGCAGAUUUGGUUCAGCUUAGAACUCUUAACUUGUCAGCCAACUUUCUCACAAAUUCUCUUCCUGUGAAUCUCUUCUCUUUGCAGAGUUUAGAGGUCGUUGACUUAAAUUCCAAUGGCCUCUCUGGAUAUGCACCAUUUAAUAUCACUUCAUCCUCCAUUACGUUUCUAGACAUUUCUAGGAACAUGCUCAUUGGAGAUAUUGACCCUGGUUUCUGUCAAAUUGCAAAACAAAUUCAAGUAUUGAAACUAUCUUCAAACAGAUUUCAUGGGAAAGUUUUACCAGGUUUUGGGAAUUGUAGUUCCUUGGAGAAACUCUCUCUGGCUUCCAACUUCCUCUCUGGGAAUUUGCCUCAAGAUCUGUUUGCCAUGUCCAAGCUCAAAGUUCUUGACCUUCGUGAUAAUGGGUUUUCUGGGGAGUUGAGUUUUCAACUUGGGAACCUCUCAAAUCUAGUCUACUUGGAUAUUUCAUCAAACCAAUUCUCGAGAUUGCUUCCGGAUGUCUUCUUCAACCUACGAAUGCUCGAGCAAUUUGCUGCAUCGUCGAAUAACUUCACAGGCGCUUUGCCAGUUUCGUUGGGCAAUUCAUCAAGCAUUUCAUCGCUUAGUCUUGACAAUAAUUCCCUCAGUGGUUCAAUCGAUGUUAUUAACUGUUCAGCCAUGGUUCGUUUAGCCUCUUUGAAUCUUGGCUCUAAUCAUUUCAUUGGCCAAAUUGGGAGUCUCUCAUCUUGCCACAAACUUCGGAUUGUAAAUCUUGGCAAAAACAGACUCGAUGGUGAUUUCCCAGAAAGCUUCAAGAAUCUCAGAUCACUUUCCCACUUCUCGAUUUCAAGAAAUGGCCUUCGUAAUCUCUCAGCAGCAUUGACAGCUCUCCAACAUUGCAAGAACUUAACUGUGUUGAUUCUGACAUUCAAUUUCCAUGGGGAGAUUAUGCCCACAAAUUUAAACUUAAGAUUUGAGAAUACGAGACUGUUUGUGAUUGCAAAUUGUCAACUCACGGGUUCAAUGCCGCCAUGGCUGAGCAGUUGCACAAAGCUCCAGAUUGUAGACCUCUCAUGGAACUCUUUAAGUGGAGAAAUUCCAUCUUCCAUUGCUGACUUGCGAUACCUCUUCUACUUGGAUUUGUCUAACAACUCGUUAUCCGGUUCAAUCCCUAGCAGCUUCACCCAAUUUCUUAGCCUUCUCAAUCUCAACAACUCGUUAAAAGGGGAAAUAUUCGAGGGAUUCUCGUUUUUCAGUAGAAAAAGCCAAACAGCAGGACGACAAUACAAGCAACUUUUGGGGUUUCCGCCAUUAGUGGAUCUCAGUUACAACGAAUUGAGUGGAACCAUUUGGCCGGAAUUUGGGAAUCUGAAAGAUCUACAUGUAUUAGACCUAAGCAACAACAAAUUAACAGGAAAAAUCCCAAGUACUCUAUCAAAAUUGACGGAUUUGGAAUUUUUGGAUCUAUCCUACAACGAUCUAACAGGAACGAUUCCACCUUCCUUGGCGAAUCUUAAUUUCCUUUCAAUGUUUAAUGUGUCCCAUAAUCACCUUCAGGGCCGCAUCCCUUCCGAAGGACAGUUCCAUACGUUUCCGAAUUCGAGCUUUGUGGGUAACGAUGAGCUCUGUGGGUUUCAAACUUUUCCUUGUAAAGAAGAAUCUGAAUCUACAGGUGAAGAGAAUUCGACUGGUGAAGAUGAGGAUGAAAGCUUGAGGUCUCUUAUAAUAGUGCCACUGAUUGUGGGAGCUGCCGUCGGAUUCGUUUCGACGGCCGGCAUUUGCUUCUUCUCCGGCAUGGUGUUUCCGACGGAAAAUAAAAUGAAACUCCGAUGAGUUCUUUGAAACGGGUCAAAUUCUAGGGAAAUUUGGGAUGGAGAAACUCAUCACAGUGAAUGGUCUAAUUCUUACACUUACCUAUUGGUUUCAAUAAUUUGAGAUUUUUGUUAGAUUACCAAUUCCAUUAACGACCUGCCUGCUUAUUUCAGUAUUUUAUAAAUAUUAGGUUAGGAAUACGAUCUUAUAGACAUGACAUUCCUGUACUGCAUUUUGAAUUUAACAUAAGCAGAUGAUUAGAUUUUAUUGA